AUGGAUAAGGUGCUUAUAAUAUUACUAUCCAUAUUAAUUGGAUUCAUUAUUCUACUUGUACAGUUUUUCUUACAAUCAGGUGGAUUAAAGACUAUAAAAAUUAGCAAUAAAUCGCCUUACUACAAGCCAAGUUUUAUCAUAUGUGGAGCCAACAAUAGUGGCAAAACCGCCUUAUUUUACCGUUUAAUCAAUAACAGUAAUACCACACAAGAUGAUGAUGAUGAGAAGAAGAGUGAAAAGAAGAUUACAACUACAGUUUCCUCGAUUGAACCCAAUUUUGGUGAAAUCAAAUUACCUAUAGCCACCCCCAGUAUUGGUAAAAGUUUCCAAUUGGUUGAUUAUCCGGGACACUUGAAGUAUUGGAACUUGUUUACUAAAUUGAUCAAGAAUGAUAUCACAUUAUCAAAUAUAAAGGGUAUUAUCGUUGUCAUUGAUUCAAGUAGUACCAAUUGGGCGGCCAAAUCAAAUAGCUCAAGUGGCUCUAAGAGCUCCACUGCCUCCACUGCCUCCACUGCCUCCACUGCCUCUGUUUCUGGUGAAGUGGAGAAGAUUACCAAGUUUUUGUACAAUUUGUUAGCCAUUACUGAACGCAAACACAAUGGGAUUGAUUUUUUAUUUGCCAUCAACAAGGGUGAUUUAUUUGAUUCGUUACCAAUACACAAGAUUCAAAGUAUUUUGGAGCUGGAAAUUGAUAAAUUGAUUCAUAAUGAAAUCAACAAUGUUGACAAGACAUCGGGCAUUGAUUUAGUUGACGAAGUUGAUGAAAGUGCCGAGAGUAGUGGAAAUCGAAAUGAUGGUGGUGGUAGUGGUGGCGGUGGUGGUAGUGGUAGUGGUGGAGAUGCUGGGUACAGGGAAAACUUACGUGAGUUUUGGCUCAGUAUAAUUGGAUCUGAACAAGGACAUUUCACAUUUGAUAAGUUGGAAGGUAAUAUGGAUUUCAUGAGUGGUAGUGUGUUGAAGAACAAGAUUGAUAAAUGGGAAUGUUGGUUUGAUGAAAAAGUAGUAAACACAUGA